GGGAAAGUCUGCCUCACCACGGUUUUAGCAUUCAGGGAGAAGUGGAGCGACUGAGUGCUACAAUCGAUGACUGCCAGAGUGCAGGUGGCCCGUCGGCUCUGACAACCACUGAUGUCGCAUGGACCGUUUCACUGACAUGAAGCGUGCUCUGUCCACUUGACUCACUUCAGCCGUGCUGCUGCUGCUGCUGCUGCCGUGCCCGCCUUUCCAGAAGAGUUGCCCAUCCUGCUGAACGAUGACAGAUACGAGGCUUCACUAGAGCUGUGCUCCACCACCGUGAGGCACACAUUGGGUUCUCCUCUACACUAAGGACAGCUUCAUCCCUCCACAUUCUUCAGCAGCCAAUCAGGAAGAGGCUCCGGCCCUAGUCACACUCUGCAUCCUGGAUCAUCUUGCCGGACAAAACCAAACAACAAUAAAAUCUGCUUUUUAUUUCUGCUUUUAACAUCCUCGGGUCAAGAACUUGGGUGAAAAGAGGAGAACUUUUCACAUCCGACAACUGGACCCACGAUUCUGAAGUCAACGUUCAGCUUCUACCACCUGAUUCCCACUACAGAUCCCAUCAUGCCUCACUCCUUCCAGCAGAAAAAAGCACAGCAAAUGCUGCUCCUGUGCCAAGGAGUGAAUGGGAUGAGAAAAGACGGGGACUCCGCUCUUUGGAAUCACCACAAACAAAGUUUCCAGGAACUUGACAAAAUGGCUUGCGCAGCAGACAGCUGCAUACAGUUCACACGCCAUGCGAGUGAUGUUCUCCUCAACCUGAACCGUCUGCGCAGCAGAGACAUUCUCACAGAUGUCACCAUUCUGGUGAACAGGCAGCAGUUUCGUGCGCACAAGACCGUGCUCAUGGCUUGCAGUGGGUUGUUCUACACCAUCUUUACUGACUCCCACAAGUGCAACCUCAGCGCCAUCAGUCUUGACCCAAAGGUUGACCCGGAGGGCUUUGCCAUCCUGCUGGAGUUCAUGUACACCUCACGUCUCACGCUAAAGGAAAGUCUGAUCAUGUCUAUCAUGAACACAGCCAUCUACUUGCAGAUGGACCAUGUCGUGGACACCUGCCACAGAUUCAUCAAAACCAGUGAUCCAUCUGCCAAGCUGUCCAGAGAUGAGUUUUUGGUCAGUCCCUUGGUUUUACCUCAGGAUGUGCACAUGUACCGGCCCCAUGACGUUGUCGACAGUUUGCACAGCCGCGUAGCGCCAUUUAGAGACGGGAGGCCCUACAGUUCAAACAUGUUCAAUGGGGUCAGCACCCCCAGCAACUACCAUCUGUAUGGGCAGUUUCCUAUGCCUGGAUUCCCUUUCCCUCUCUGCAAGCUGACUGAUGCCAAAAACGCUUUUGCAGACCUCUCUAAGAGUGCCAUGCACCACAAGCAUUGUUCUCCACAUGACGGCGCCAACGCCAUCAGGUCAGAAUACACCAGGCCCGUUGGUACCACCAUCAUUCACUCCACCACCUACGCCUCCAGGGAGGUAGGGAGAGACAGUGAGAUACGGAGGGAAAGCCACGAGGGGAUGAGCCAGUCUAACUCUCUCGGCACAAGAAAGCGUACGUUUCCUGCGCUAAACCUCGAGCACCAGAAAGACUUGAGCAGAGAGCACGUUCCUCAGGUGGAGGAGGACCUGAUCCAUCAGCAAUACCCACUGGGGAUCUCCUCCGCUGGACGCAAGAGCCUCAUGAGCAGCCCUCAGAGUCCGCUCAAAUCAGACUGCCAGCCCAACUCGCCGACCGAGUCCAGCAGCAGCAAGAACGCCGCUCUUUCCCAAACCGCGGGAGUGCAAGUGUCACAAGGUACGCAGGACCCUAAAGCUCGCAACUGGAAAAAGUACAAGUUCAUUGUGCUGAAUCAGAGCGCAAAGGAAGACGAGGUGGGGCUGCGAGACUCUGGGCUUCGCUCGCCCCAGCGCCUCGGCCUGCAACCCUACCUCCAUCCCAGCGACUCGGAGAACCUCGACCCACAAACCACGAGCAAGAGCAACGUUCACAGCGAGGAUCUGCCUGCGCCUCAGGCGAGUCGUCUCAACAAUAUCAUCAACAGUGCACUCGAGGGAACACUGAGGAACAGUGACAGCCGCCCUCCUCACUACCUGAGCCGCCUCACCUGCUCAUCCUGCGGCUCCCAGUCCCCACAGCACUCAGAGGUUUGUCCCAACUCCUCCAGGUCCCGUCUCACUGAAGACAUGGCAGAACUGCACUCAGAAUACUCAGACUCCAGUUGUGAAAACGGCACUUUCUUCUGUAAUGAAUGUGACUCAAAGUUUGCCGAAGACGAGGCGCUGAAACAGCACAUGCUGCAAGUGCACAGUGACAAGCCAUACAAGUGUGACCGCUGCCAGGCGGCUUUCCGCUACAAGGGCAACCUUGCCAGCCACAAGACUGUCCACACAGGAGAGAAGCCGUAUCGCUGUAAUAUUUGUGGUGCUCAGUUUAACCGACCAGCUAACCUCAAGACUCACACUCGCAUCCACUCAGGAGAGAAGCCAUACAAAUGUGAGACGUGUGGAGCCCGCUUUGUACAGGUUGCUCAUCUUCGUGCCCAUGUGUUGAUCCACACGGGUGAGAAGCCAUAUCCGUGUGAGAUCUGUGGAACGCGCUUCCGUCACCUGCAGACGUUGAAGAGCCACCUGCGCAUCCACACAGGAGAGAAACCCUACCAUUGUGAGAAAUGCAACCUGCACUUCCGCCACAAGAGUCAGCUCCGGCUGCAUCUUCGACAGAAGCACGGCGCCAUCACCAACACAAAGAUCCAGUACCGCAUGUCGACGGCGGACAUGUCGACGCCCGCUGACCUGACAAAGGCGUGCUGAGCCGGAGAACUGUUGGAAUAAAGGAGGCAAUCUUGAACUUGGCAUUUAAAGACCCCAACUUGUACAAUCAUCCAAAAUUGUAGUGCCACACUGUGUUCAUUAGAGAAAUAAAAUUGGCUGUGUAUGCCAUCGUAAACGGGUUUCCACUACAUGUGAACGUAGAGCCACUUAUGGCGUCUUAGUCACUUUAUUGUUUAUAUAUAAUAUAAAUAGAUGUAUGUAUGUGGGGACUGUUUCUAAGCUUUAAAAAAGGUACGUAUACAAAGCUUUAUUUUGUCGAGAAGGAUGGAAUGUAAACAAUCAGUUUUUUGAAUAUACAGUAUUUUAUAUCAGAGAACUUACUUUUCUGGAGGUAUUGAACAUUUUGACUGACAGGUGGUACAUAUAUUUUAAGAUUUACAGAAUUUGCGGCUGUAUAGGGUUGUCUAUACAUUUUUAUGUCGAUGUAUGUACACGUCAAGUUGCCAUAUUCGUGCAAAAAGA